AAGAGACAGCUAUAAAUGGUCUCUGCCUGUAGUUGACAGCACGUUUUCAUUUACCUGUGAAAAAGGUGAGGUAAAAACGUCACAGCAAGAUUCUAACAGAAGAGCAGAGUGAAUAUCUGACCCACCAUGAGUGACUCUGAAGACCAGUUCUCCUCUGACAGUGAGGAUGAAGACUAUGUGCCAUCAGGUGGUGAGAUCAGUGAAGACUCAGAACCUGAAGGUGAGGAGGAAGAUGGAGAUUUCAGACCCAAGGGGAAGAAGGCACAGAAGAAAAGCAAAUCCAGUCUUCCAGUCAGACAAAGUAAACGUGGAGUCCAUUUUGAAAACAAAGAAGAAGAAGAUGAUGAGGAAGAUAAACCAGGUAAUGAAGAAGAAGAAGAAGAAGAACAAGAGGAAAGAGAAGAAGAGUCAGAACAGACUAAGGUCACAGAAGAAGUAGAGAAGAAGAAAGCUGACGACCUGUGGGCCAGUUUCUUGAAGGAUGUUGGAGGACCACCUGCCCGGCCCAAGACGUCUUCUGCGGGAGGGUUGGGGAGCCUGUCACAGAAGACCAGCAGUGUGGCUGCCUCGUCAUCUCAGACUCAGACCAAGCCCAAGCCCAAAGUCACAGUAACAAAGGUGUACGACUUUGCUGGGGAGGAAGUCAAAGUGUCUGAAGAGGUGGACGCAGACUCAGUUGAUGCCCAGAGCGCUCCUAUCUCCUCAACAGCAGUACCAGCAACAGGCAACAGCAGUACCAGCAAUGCGCCUGUACCACAACAGUCCAUUAGUACCGCUGUCCCCAGACCAGGGGGUUCCACAGUCACAGGGGUGAAGAGACCGGCGGCCGGAGGGUUGGGGAGCGUGCUCAGUAAGAUCGGCAAGAAGCCAAAAAUUAGCACAUUGGUGAAGUCUAAGAUAGACUGGGACUCCUACAAGAAGGAGGAGCAGAUAGAAGAAGACCUGGCCAUUCACAACAGGGGGAAGGAAGGGUACCUGGAGAGACAGGCCUUCCUACAGAGAACGGACCUGCGUCAGUUUGAAGUGGAGCGAAACAUGAGGAUGGCCAAUCGAAACGUGCCAAGAUAGCACCUGUACGAUCCAACAACUGGUUACUAGGGGUGGGUACCGGGAUAGCGUACUGGUACAAAACUCUUUUUUAUCUUGUUGGACCAGUCUGAAAAAAAAAGUGGACCAGAUCUUGAACCGAUUAGACAAUGAAGUUGAAUGAAUUGAUUAUAUCGACAGGAGUUCACAUGUUUUGGGGCUAACUGGUCCAAGAAAGUGAAGUAGGGGAGAGUACAUAGUCAUUUCUACCAAGUUUCUACAGUCAAACAGAUUCCUAAAGAGCGAAAUGGACCAUUGUUUUGAGUAUCGCCCUUUUACAAAACU